AUGUAUGCGUUGAAAGCAAUGAUGCCAACAUCAACCCUGACUGUCGCGCUUCUGUGGGGCAUCAUCACUCCUCGGCGACGAGACGAUGAUGCCAACUAUGCAUUUGAUAGCUUCAAAGCGCUUUGGGGCUAUGCCAUCGCAAGCCGACCAGACUGGAGGCUGCGGGUUCAAAGAGCUGAUGGGGCACGGAGAUCCUUUGAUGCAGGCUUGACUGAUUCCGGUGCAAUUUUAUCUAGCUUGAUCGGCCCACCCAGCCAAGAUCAUGCUGCACAAGACUGGAGGACUUUUCAUGCCCACCGAAAUCCUGGAUGGAUGACGUCACCAGAGAUUGCUGGAGCCUCACUAUGUGAGAUUGUUGCCUUCACCCUAUCCCCUUACAGCAACUGCGCAUUUUUGGAAGUGCCAGUGGCCUCAAUCAUUCGCCAGGUUUGCGCUAUUCUGAAUGAAGUGGGGGCUGCAAUUGGAAGUGCCAAGAUGCCAGCCUCACAGAUGUACAAGAACAAAGCGUGCUUUGAGGAAGCGGAAGAACGGAGGAAGCAGCUUUGUGCACAUUUCUUGCUCCAUGAGAAUGAAGCUCUCCCGUAUACGCGAGUUAUCAAGUUGGAAGAUCACGGAAUCACCAUUCGCAAGGCGCUUGAGGACUUUGGCCUUUCCACCUCCGUGACACAAUAUGCUUUCCAACUUUGCGUGAUGUUGAAAUUUCUGAAUCACAUUUUCUCCAUCUUUGGCGAAAUGAACUGGCUGACUUUUAUCCCGAAAGCGCAAGAUCGGAUUUCACCUGGGGAUGACUUGGGUAAGGUGACCCUGCCAGAAAUUGACAGCUUGCCCAUCCUGAAGCUUGUUACAGAUGGGGAGACGGUUCAAUGCAAGGCAUUUGAGUAUGCCUUUGGCGUUCUCUUUGCACGCGGUUUUGCAGACCAAGAGGAUGCGCAUGCCAAGUGGAACGCAUUUAAGAAGGCCAUCUCCAGGUCCAAGCUGGGCCUCAUUGUCCUGAAACUGACUCUGGUGUGCUGCUUGGUGUUUGUUUGGCUUGCUGAACAACAAAUCACCUAUCGCAACUCCCCCCCAAACCCCACCCUCCUACAAAAUAAGACUAUUCCCUACAAAGGCUUAUUGAGGCUUAUUAAGGCUUAUGAUACCAGACUUGAAAAUCAACCUAGGCUUUGUCCUUUUUGA